GACUCCUAAUUCCACUUUCCUCCAUCACUCCACUCUACUAUAUAAUGUAUAAACAACACGCAUUGACCUAAAACUGGAGAUCAGAUCAAUAAAAAACCAGAAGAAAACAUGGCUCAGAACGAGACAGUUAAGCUGAUAGGUUCUUGGUCCAGCCCUUAUUCCCUUAGAGCACGAGUGGCUUUACACUUGAAAUCUGUCAAGUACGAGUACCUAGACGAACCUGAUGUUCUUAAAGAAAAGAGCGAACUCCUUCUCAAAUCUAACCCCAUCCACAAGAAAGUCCCUGUCCUCCUCCAUGGUGAUCUCUCGAUCUGUGAGUCCCUCAACGUCGUUCAAUACGUCGACGAGGCUUGGCCCUCCGUUCCUUUAAUCCUUCCUUCUGAUGCCUAUGAUCGCGCAUCUGCUCGGUUCUGGGCUCAGUACAUCGAUGACAAGUGUUUUGCGGCGGUGGAUGCGGUGGUCGGAGCAAAAGACGACGAAGGGAAAAUGGCGGCGGCGGGAAAGCUGAUGGAGUGUUUGGCGAUACUAGAAGAAACGUUUCAGAAGAGCAGCAAAGGAUUAGGGUUCUUCGGAGGAGAGACCAUCGGCUACCUUGACAUUGCAUGUUCGGCUCUUUUAGGUCCGAUCUCUGUGAUCGAGGCGUUUUCCGGCGUCAAGUUUCUUCGGCAAGAGACAACACCUGGGUUGAUCCAAUGGGCCGAGAGGUUUAGGGCCCAUGAAGCUGUUAAGCCGUACAUGCCAACCGUCGAAGAGGUCGUUGCAUUCGCAAAGCAAAAGUUCAAUGUUCAGUGAUGUGUUUGCUUCUAAAGCAAAAGCAAAAGCAGUGUGAUUUAAACCAAAAAAAAAAAAAAAGCAGUGUGAGGAAUAUGAAUAAAUGAUGUUUGUUGUCUUUGAGAAAAUUUAAAAUUGUGUGUGUUUUGUGGCAAAACUUAUGCCAUGCCAACUUGGAUUUUUUCUUUCUUCUAUCUCAUGUCAUGCGAUUUUUGUCUUUGUGCGUUAAUAUGAUAUUAUCAAUUUUAAUCUUAUUAAUUGUUA